AUGGAAAACUAUAAAAAGUUCCCAAAAGCUGCCACAAAGAAUCUGCCUCCCAAUUACUCAGAAUUCUCACACCUCUCUUUAGUAUCGCCUCCAAACCAAACCUUUUAUUUAUCCUUUGGGAUCUCCACUCUUGAAAGUUUAGUCAGACUUAACAACAGCCCAGUAGCAAAAACCUCUUGAAAAAACCUAAAAUUCCUCAACCAAAAAAUCCAAAACAAAGCCAAAGAAUCCGGCUUUGAAAACGAAUUUUUUAUUUAUGAAAAUCUAAUAUACUUUUUCUCUACAUUUUCCUUUUAAUAAGUUUUUAAUAAAAAAAUAAAUAAUUUACUAUAAAAAUGCAUAUCUUUUCUUUCAUCAAAUGAUAGAUUUGACGGAUAUGAUACCCUCAAUGUUUACAUGACUGAAAACAGACAAACCUCAGCAAAAAGCUUAAGCAUGGCUAUUAAAUGUAUUUUUGCUUAUUUAUGCCCAGAAACAGACGUUUUCAAUAGGAGAACCAAUUUAUCUAUCAAUGAGGUGAUGCCAUUUCUACACAAGUUUUCUGAAGCAGUGAAUAUAGGAAUCUAUAUAAUGGCUAUGACCAAUCAUGAAUUUGUUUUAAAUAAAUCCAUGAUGCCAGCCCCAGUUUCUUAUUUGUUUUAUAAUAGUAAAGCUGUCCAAUGAGGCGUUUUAUAUCACAAAGACGCAGCUCAGCUUGACAGCUCCCCAAGAGAUGAAAAUUUUAACUUCAGAAGUCCUUUUGUGCACCUUCCAAAAAUUCAAUUCGAAAAAAUAAAAAAUAAUUACAAGCCUCCAAGACCAGUCAUUUUAUCCUCAAAUACCUCAAAAAUAGAAAAAAGAGACCAGUCAGUCCAAACUGAUGAUAUUUUUAAACAAAGCGUAAAAGUUAACAUAUCAACCCAAACAACUCCAAAAGACUUAAGCCAUUUGAACAAAGUCUGAGACAUUGUGAGAGAAAUGUACUCGCUAAGCCAGAUCCCAAAUAUACUGUUUUAUAAUGAAUUUUAUUUUUUAUAUUAAAUUUAUCUUUAUUUAGUAAAGCACCAUUUAUAUCACUUUAGAGCUAAAAGCUUCUUUAGAAAAAAUUUCUAUUGAAUUUGAAGAACUUCAAAGUGAAGCUUUAUUUAAACUAGAAGAAAGGAUAAAUAUUAUAACAGGAGGUGGAGAAAAAAAAUCAGGCUGCAAUCAUACAGACAACGAAUUUUUAACACCAGCUUGUGGGAACCGACACUGUGUGCCUUGCUUAAGAGACCAUAUAAUUUUUCAAAAAAAUACUGGAGUUGAUAAAAUUAAGUGUUUCUGUAAUGUAGAAAUGAGUGAAGCAGAUAUAGCAACCAUAACAAAAGUAAGGCAAAGCACCAAAGUCCACAUAUGAGAUCGGCCGAAUAAAGUGGCUAAUCAGCCCACAAUUACUGUCUGCCGAAUCUGCAUAUAUAAAAUGAGUUCGAGAGAAAUUUUGCUAAUUUUCUCUUCCUCAUGGAAUUUUUAUUAUAGGGUUUGGUUUUUCCUGAAAACUUCUCCACAGAGCACAGUGGUUUAAUAGGGCGAGAGGAUCUGUACCAAGCAAUGAAGAGGAUCAAGGUUUUUUACUCACUCCCCCCUCCGUGAGUGAACAAAAAUUUUUGUUUACUCACGGAGGGGGGUUAAUUUUUUUUUUUAAUUAUAUAUAAAUUUUAUAAAAAAUUUUUUUUUCGAAAUUAAAAAAAAUCCUAAUUCGCAAAAAUUGGAAAGCAAAUAUUAAUUUAAUUUAUAAAAUUUAUGUUUUAAAAAAGAAUUUGUUUAAAAAUUAAACAGAAUUAGCUCUAGAUUUCAUUAUACUAAUUAUCAUUUAUAUAUCUAAUUUUUUUUCAAUAAAAAUUUUUUGUAUUAAAACAAUUUUUGUUCACUCACGGAGGGUGGGUUUUUGGGCAAAAAAUAGCGAUUUAUUUAAUGGUUUUGUUCACUCACUGAAGGGGAGGAGUCAGUACACCUGAGGGAGGCGACUUUUAGAUGGAGCACAUGCAGGAGCUUAGUCAGGCAAAGGCAAGAAAUGCACCAAGUAAGACGCGAAGUCGGGCCAGCUAGGUUUUGCUUUGUAAGUCAUGUCCAUAUGGUGCGCCAUUUAAUUGGCAGGAUGUUCCGUGACUUAACUAGUUUCAGGCUAAGUCCCACACUGGGAGUGCUACUAGGCACUGCCUAAUUUAACUUGUACUUAUCUGCCAAAUCUGCAAAACCCCAAGAAAGCAAAUGGCGUAUGCAGAAAUCAGGUGCCAAGAUCAUAAAGUGUGUGUUAUUUGUCAUACAGAAAAUUAUCGUCAAGGCAACGGUGCAUGCCCUCUCAAAGACAGAGAAUAUUCCAAUGAAGAGCUGAGGAUCCUACAAAAAUACGAAAGAGAUGCAACUAGAUUUGACUAA